CACUCAUUCUACAGCAAGCAACUGCUAGAAGAGAAAACAUUUGUCAUACAUGAUUGUGAUUUACAAUUCCAACUGUGAACAUGGACCUGAGUGGAGGAGACCUCAGGCCACCAAAGCAGCCUGAUGGAGGCAAUGCUGAGAUGGGAGUGAGGCCUCCUAGAAGUGCAACUGAGGCAGGUGAUGGCCACACACUGACCAAACUUGAUAGGAAGAAGGGCGAGAAAGAGAAGGACAACGGGAAGGAAAAUAAGAAAAUGGGCGAGAAAGAGAGAAUGAAAAAUGAGAAGGACAACAGGAAGAAGGCCAAGAAAGAGAGGGAGAACAAUGAGAAGGAAAAUAAGAAGAUGGGCGAGAAAGAGAGAAUGAAAAAUGAGAAGGACAACAGGAAGAAGGCCAAGAAAGAGAGGGAGAACUACGAGAAGGAAAAUAGGAAGAAGGGCGAGAAAGAGAAGGUGAAAAAAGAGAAGGAAAUUAGAAAGGAGAGGAGGUCAGGAGGCUGGAGGCUCAGGACGCUCAAGAGGGCGAUCUUCAGAUGCUUUGUGUGUGGAGGUGGAGAUGAUAUGAGCCAGUAUGAGUGGGAGUUUUCACCGGAGGAGGAGAGGCUGUGGAUCGAGGAAAGUAUCCGGAGAAAUAGAGAGGCCGACCUGCAGAGGUUGCUCAAGGUGCAAGAAGUCAACCGAAAGCACAAAGAAAACUUCAAGUGCAUGCUGAGGCGCAGGAAAUUUACAGAGGCCAACAAGGAGUGGAGCGCCCUACCCCCGAGGCCAGAGGAGGAGGAGGCAGACCGGAAGGUGACUUUCCGGGAAGUCAAUGCCGGCGACUUGUGGUUUUACCAGGAGGAGGCCAACCCAAGGGGUCUGGCGUGGAAGAGAGUAUUGCGGGACAUCAAAGACAAUGACAUAACAAGAGCCCUUCAGGCAAAGUGGCUAAAAAAGGAGAAACACCUGAGUGAGGAAAAGCAGCUUAUCAUCGCGAAUCAAAAGGAGGAGGAGAAAAUGGAUCUUUUUUGUGAACUUUUGACGGCCUCCGUGUUGUGCCUGGGCUUUGCAGUACUACUGUACAUAUGGCUCAGCCGCCUCCUGCAGUGAAAUAGCAAAGAACAUGGGGAAGGGGAUGGGACGGGAGGAAGAUAUGGGGUGCAAUUGGCUUGGAGAAAAAAGAAAAAAAUAACACAUGCAGGAGAGAAUGAAAAUGAAGAAUGGGAAAACACAUUGGACAAAACAAAAAGUAAUGGAAGAGGAUGCUGUGAAGGACAAUUUGAAGAAUAUAUAUUUUAAAUAAUUCAGGGCUGGACAUGAAUUUGGAUCAUGCUUGGCAGUUAGAUGACCUGAAGAAAACUGCAGAUGGAGGAGUAAGACAGGGUGGAAGAGGAGAGAGAUGACGACUGAGGAACAGAGAAAACGAGUAAUGGAGAAGAAAUGCAAAAAAAUCAUAUAGCAAUAGCAUAAAUAGAAAAAAAGAUUGCGAGGGCUGACCACCGCAUUGCUCUGACAUAGACCUGCCCUUGCCUGGCUGGUGGUUUGAAUACAGAGCAAGAGCAAUACGAUGGCGAUCUGGCGGCACCGGCGGAUGCCAAAGGCAAAGCAGGAGAACACCUACCUGUAUAAAGAGAUGCACUUCUGGAGACAGUGACUACUGUGAAUAGGGCAGUUGGCGUCCAGGGAAGACUGGAGAACAACCAGGAAAGGCUGGUGACAGCAGGAAAGACCGCACAGGGAGAAGGGGGUUGGUAGCCCUACCUUCUAGUUUCCCGAACGGGAAGACACCCAAACCAAACCAUGAAAACUAGAAAGAAGAGACAGCCCGAAGGCCCUCCGAGAGGCGGGAUGGAAGAAGGGCCUACCAGGACGGAUCACACGGUUACGGACAACAGCAUGAAGACAAGCGAGACAAAGUGCGGGUGCGGAUGGGAAAGAGUAACAACACUUAGGGGUCUGCAUAUCCAAAUGGGGAGGAAGAAGCGUCAAGCGAGAUUGCACUGCUCAGGCAGGUCAGAGAAGUGGAAUCAAAGGCCAGGUUGAAAACCACAGCGCCGUCUGGCCCAAUGUCGUAGAGGAGGAGUUUAAUGAGAGGAGGCAGGAGGAAGAGAGGGAAUGCAACAACCCCCAAGAAACCAUCCCAGCAGUGCCCCCAAGCAACCCAGGAAUAAGGCCAUCCCCACAAACCAGAAGCCUUAAACCCCCCGUACAGAGGAAUAAAAUCAAAUGGCCAAAGUCCAAUGAGACAGAGGAGUGGAGAAGGCUAGACGAACAUCUGAGCGGACUGCUCCAAAAUGCUCUGCGUGGAUCGGUGGAAUCAAGACUGAACCUGAACCUGAGAUUUUGUACGAGGAAUGCAGCAGCAGACUUGUUGAAGUUGUCAGACGCAAAGCUUGCGUAAAGGCCAAGGGAAGGAGGAGAGGGAAAUUGAGGACCUGGUGGCAGACAGAAGGCGUCUUCGGAAACUUUGGAGGAAAGCUGCGGAUGUCGAGAAAGAGGGUUUAAAAGCCCUCUUGGGAGGCACAAGAAGCAGGCUGGCUGCCCUACGAAGGGCGAACCGUAUCUGCCGAAGGAGGAAAAGGAAGGAGAAGGAGGGGGCAAACUUCUUCAAAAAUCCAUUCCGGCAUGCACAAAGCCGUCUGGAGUAGAAAACCAGUGGGGUAUUAGAGGUUUCCAAGGAUUAUCUAGCCUGAGGAAGUGGAUGUGGUGUGCGGCUCCAGCCGUCUCUCCUCUGUUGGCCUCUCGCCUUGAUGUUUAGACGAUCUCUGACAGCUUCCGGAGGAUCUGGUCAUGCCGCCAUCUCAACCUCCCCCGUGUCAGAACUGUCCUGCAUCCUGAGAGGACCUGUUGUAGUGAGGCAUUGCUUGCUCCACCACCUGGAGAUGUUCUGGGCUAAGGGCUGAAACAUCCCCAGCUGAUGACCCUGCAGCUAGCAAAAAAGGCACUGGCGGAGGUGCUGCAUGCCAAAGGCAAAGCAGGAGAACACCUACCUGUAUAAAGAGAUGGGCACCUGGCCGAAGCCAGAUGCAUGUGAUGCUGUGCGUUUGACACCAUCCUAAGGUGACAGAAAACAGACACACAAGCAGACGGAUAGACGGACAGACAGACAGACAGGCAUUGUAAUACCUGGCCCAAACCCCUUCCAGGGUGCCAGGUAAUUAGGGCAAGAAAGAAAUGGACACAACUCUAAAGACAGAUUCUGGACUUGUUUUGCUGGCCAAGUGACCUGGAAAAAGGGUGUACAGAGUGGAAGAGGAGAGAGAUGGCAUACAAGAAAAACCCUGGAAAGGACUGUGACAGAGGCUAGUGACCAGCUGGCCAUCUCAGAGUUCCUCUGUUCUCAUCUGGACCCCUUAUGGAGUGCACACCUCCACUGCUGCACAGCUUUAGCUGGGACCAGGACCGGUCGCCUGAAAGCCCCCUUAACUGAGUUCCCAGCUGAUAAGAUAAAUAAAGAUUGAUUAACUCAUG